CUCACCGUCUCUGUCAGCCUUCCCCGUCACACGCCGUUCCCCUUCCUCUUCCCGACGACCACCUCCGGACCUUAACGACUUCUUGUCCUCAUCUCACUGACGACCUUCAAGAUUAUCUAACAUACACCUGUAUUACCCCAUCCAGCAUACACCUUCCCCUCCUCACUACCAUACCAUGGCUGCACAGCGGAACGUCCCACUCACCUGUUCUGGUCAUACGAGGCCAGUAGUCCACCUCUCCUUCUCCCCACAGGUCGAGGCAGACGGUUCCUACCUCCUCGUCUCAUCCUGCAAGGACGGCAACCCCAUGCUCCGCGACUGGAAGGGCGAUUGGCUCGGCACGUUUAUAGGGCACAAGGGCGCAGUCUGGUGUACUCGGCUGGACGCGACGGGCAGCAGGGCCGUCUCGGGCAGCGCGGACUUUACGGCAAAACUAUGGGACACCUACACUGGCGAAGCACUCCUUACCCUCCCUCACCCGCAUAUAGUGCGCUCUGUCGCCUUCUCCCCUCGUGGAACCCACCUCCUCUCCGGUUCGCAAGACAAAAAAGUCAGGUUGUUCGAUAUCGAGCUCGCCUCCACUUCUGGCGGGCAUGGAGCCGUCAUGCGUCGCUCGCCUUCUUCCCCUGGCGGGGCGAAGGAGGACUGUCAUGAUGGGACCGUCAGAAGUGUUGUCUGGGUUGGGGAGAGCGAGGGCGUCAGUGCGGGGGAGGACGGUGUGCUCCGCUGGUGGGACCUGCGCACACUCGGCCCUACGUCUUCCCUCCGGCUUGACGCACCUAUCACCUCCAUGGAACUGAGCGCCCCGCAUCAUACGCUGGUAGUCACAUCGGGCAAGAUGGUCAGCUUCAUUCCCGCCUCUUCUCCGGGCAGCGCAGCACCUCCCCCGUACCCGAUCCACAGCUUCCCCUUCACGCCGAGUAGUGCCAGCUUGCACCCACUAGUACCGGACCGGUAUGUGGUGGGAAGCCUGGCAGACCCGUGGGUAAGGGUGUUCGACUUCAAUACGGGGGAGGAGAAGGAGGUGUAUAAGGGGCAUCAUGGGCCUGUGCAUACAGUUGAAUACUCUCCAGAUGGGGAGAUGUAUGCUACUGGGAGUGAGGACGGCACCAUCCGUCUCUGGCAGACAACACCAGGCAAGACAUACGGUCUCUGGCAAGCCGUCGAUGUCCAACAACCUCAACAGCCGCUCCCUCAAGGACAAAACGGCUCCAACGGGCCAUACCGCAGCUAACCAGACCUCGCCCCUCCAUUGCCGGGGUCCGCGAACGAAGAACGACGCCAACCUCCGCUGCAACCCGGUGCCCUGCCUUUGCCUGGAAAGGUGUCUCAAGACGGCGCUGGGGCGGAUACGACAUUACGAAUCAACAGGGUUUUUACGCUUUUUUUUUGUACGACCGCGGUUCGGUUUGGUUCGGUUCGAUAGGUUUAGGUGUAACGUUUGGCUGGGUUGUUGUAUUGAUUUCAUG